GUGCCCUCGACGGCCCAAACCCUGGAGGAUGUUUGCAAGGACAGCAACUGGACAGUACAGACUCCUAAUACACACAGGAUCAUCUGUCUGCUUUGCUUCUAACUCUCGCCUGGUCACGGCAGUGCACAGCCGUGCCUGUCCUACUCCCGGCCGGCAUAUAAAUCUUUGUUCUCUUGUUGGGUCUUCUGGUCUCCCGGACAACUGCAGACGCUACCGCAAUACUGCACAGAGCGAACAGAAACUGGUUCUGUCUGAUGCUCAACGCCAGACAAUAUACGCUCUUUCAACACCUCCAGGCAAAGCUGGGAUUGCCGUGAUCAGAAUUUCUGGCCCUGAUGCACUCAGGCUAUGGCGUUCGGUGGUACAAUUGAAGAAGACAAAGCAGGAGUCCCUUCCUGAACCGUGGAAAUUUUACCGUUGUCGUGUGGUCCAUCCUGAAAGCGGCGAAGUUCUUGACGAAGGUUUGGCGGUAUACUUCAAAGGUCCUAGGUCCUUUACCGGAGAAGAUGUUCUUGAACUUCAUGUACAUUCGGGUCGAGCUGUCUUGUCGUCAAUUCUCAACGCUCUAUCAUGUCUGCCAUAUUGUCGGCUUGCUGAACCGGGAGAAUUUACGCGACGAGCAUUUGCUGCUGGCCGUAUGGACCUCACUCAAGUUGAAGGUCUCAAAGAUCUCAUUAACGCAGAAACUGAAAGUCAACGGAAAGUUGCGCUUCAAGCCACCGCUGGUCAAUUACGCGGUUGGCUAACUCAACUGAGAACGGACAUCAUCAAAUGCCUUGGUCAUGUGGAAGCUCUGAUCGACUUCAGCGAGGAAGACAUUGAAGAAGGGAUCCUAGAUGACGCCAAACAGCGUGCAAGGGAUAUUGCUCGGCAUAUCGGUGAACAGCUUUCAAACUUCAGACGGGGUGAAAUUAUGCGUUCGGGUCUACAACUAGCUAUUUUCGGCCCUCCAAAUGUCGGCAAGAGCAGUUUGUUCAAUUUCUUCGCACAACGCGAAGCUGCCAUUGUCACGAAUGUUCCUGGUACAACACGGGACGUACUUGAGAUAUCUCUGGACAUUGGGGGAUUACCUGUCGUUCUUGCUGAUACCGCCGGAUUGCGUGAAACCGAAGACAUUGUCGAGAAGACUGGCAUCGAGCGGGCUACUGAUCGUAUAAACACCGCGGAUUUGUCACUUUUUGUUCUGUCAUUACCGGACCUAGUCAACGGCGGGUCCUCUCAAGAUUCCAUCUCAAAAAACAUAGAUUCGAUUCUGGCAUCGGAGAUCACCUCGGAUAACAUAUAUGUUCUUUUGAACAAGCGAGAUCUAUUACCCACAGAAACAUAUGAACGACUCGAAUCUGGCUUACAAAAGUGGAACAUCCGAGGUGCAUGGGCAAUUAGUUUAGCAACAGGCGAAGGUACACGCGAGUUUUUGGAGAAGUUCGAGCAGAUACUCAAAGAGCGAUACGGACUGGUUGAUGAACCGACUGCCUCGGGUCCUCGGCCACUGGUCAGCAAUGCCAGACAUUCAGUGCAUCUUGAAACGGCCUUGCGGUUCAUCAACGCUUUUCUUGAUACCUCUGAUGCAGACGUGAUCCUUGCCGCUGAAGAGCUCCGAUAUGCUGCGCAGGCCGUUGGUAAGAUUACCGGACAUAUAGACGUAGACGAUGUACUCGAUGUCAUAUUCAGAGACUUUUGUAUUGGGAAAUAAUACGGGAUGUUGAGUAACAAUUGUAUAAUGGACGACUGCAGAAAGAAUUCGCCCCCGCGAUUGUUGGAAGCGUGAGAGUCCUGUGC